AUGUCUUUCACUCUUGAAGCUCCUUUGGCCUAUAAGAUUCUCGAUAGCUACUUUGAAAACGUCUCUUACGUUAAGGGUGUCGAAGCUUCUGAUGCUGAUGUCGCUGUCUUCAAUGCCUUGACUGAAGGUGUCUCUGCUGAAGCUUACCCUCACUUGGCCAGAUGGUACUCUCACAUUGCUGCUGUCAAGGGUUUAGCUGCCAAGGAAGGUGCUGCUCCUGCUGCUGCCCCUGCCGCCGCCGCUGAAGAUGAAGAUGACAUUGAUCUUUUCGGUUCUGACGAUGAAGAAGUUGAUGAAGAAGCUGAAAAAAUCAAGGCUCAACGUCUUGCUGAAUACAAUGCUAAGAAGGCUGCCAAGCCUAAGCCUAUUGCAAAGACCACCAUCACUCUUGAAAUCAAGCCUUGGGAUGAUGAAACUGAUAUGGAUGCCAUGACAAAGGGUGUCAAGGACAUCACCAUGGAUGGUCUCCUCUGGGGUGGUCACCAACUUGUCCCUAUUGGUUACGGUAUCAGAAAGCUUCAAAUCAACUGUGUUGUUGAAGAUGAUAAGGUCAUGUUGGAUGAUUUGACUGACCAAAUCACUGCUUUGGAAGACUAUGUUCAAUCCGUCGAUGUUGCUGCUAUGCAAAAGAUUUAA